AUGGAUAGUGCUAAAAAGAAUGCAUCGAAAAGGAUUGCAUUCGUGUAAAAAUUAGAAAUGAUUGACAAGUCAAUUGUACAUAAUACCUAUCAUUAAGAAAUUUAAAAAACAUUUUUGAAAAAAAGCAUUGAAAAAGAAUAAAUAGGAAUAUUAAUAGAAUAAGUUAAAGAGUAGGAUGAAUUGAGCAUUUAAUAGAGACGUGUGAAUCAAUUAGUAAAUCUGAAUCGAUAACUUGAUGAUCAAAUUCAAAAGAAUGAUUUAUUGCAAUAAUAAAAAAUAAUGGAGGACAUGAAUUCAAUUUUGAGUAGCUAGCUCGAUCACUUUAUUAAUCAAUAAGCAGAUAGAAAUUAGAUAUUAAAUCGAUUAUAAAGUGAUUUUAAUGCCAAUCAUUAGAGUAUGCAAAUAUUGGAGGGAGAAUAUUUGAUUACAGAAUUCAAAAAAAUUAAUCAGAUGGAUUAAUCCAUAUAUCAAUAACAAUCCAAAGAAUAUAGCGAUCUCUUUGAAAUAUAGUAUUAAAUGUAAGAAGAGUUGAAAAUAAUUAAUGGAGAACUUGAGAAAUUUCAAAAGUUGAAUUAGACUAAUAAUAUAUAAAAUUAUGUGCUCUAAGGUUGUGGUAAUAAAAAAACACAAUAUUAUUGUCAAAAGAAAAAAAUUAGAACCUUUUGCAUAUUUUAUAAUAAAACAAAUGAAUAUGAUUAGACUUAUUAGCCUUAUUUUAAAAUUAAGAAUCAAAAGUAAAUCUCAUUUGAAAACAACGAAUUAUUGAAUAAUGAAAACACUUCAAUUAAUUUAUGGUCAAGCUCAAAAUAAAAGGUUAAAAAGCUGAAUCCUUAUAGAUGUCAAUUCUAUAAAUUUGAUCAAAUUUUCUAAAGAAAGGAAAAUUCAAGACUGAGUCAAUAUGAAUAAUUGUUUAAUUAAUUGGAGUUGUUCAUUAAAGGGACUCUUUAUAAAUAGAUUGACUUAAUUCUUAAGAGUUAUGCAUUUAACAGUCAAGAAUAUCAUCUAAUUUAUAAUCAAGAUUUAAAUGAAAAUGUAGAAAAAAUUAGAAAAUUGUGCGAUAAGGAAAAGGCUGAUACUAGCAAUAAAUUGAUCGUAUUACUUUGUGAUAAAAAUAGAGGAUUAAUAGUUUAAUUAGUUAGUGAUGUUGUUAAGAUUCUCUCUCAUUUCAAUAAUCAAUUGAUUGAGGUCAAUAGUUUGAUAUUGACACUUACAAAAUUUUAGAUAAAGGACUAAUAGAGCGAAGACAUUUUAGAAUGCAAUGCUUAAAAUAUAGAGAUGAUGCUUGAUUGUUUAAGGAGUAAAGAGAUAUUCAGAACAAGUUAGUUUCAUUUAAAAAUUGAAAUCAAUUUAACUAAUAAUGUCAAAAGAAUUUUACAUAUUUUGAUGUUAGCUCCACUUUUAAUAGAGAACAAUGAAUUAUUUUGCAAACAAUUUAAGAAUAUCUUUAAGAGGGAGAAAGCAUUUAAAGAGUAAAUAGGAACUAGAAUUGAAAGCAUUGUUAAAAAUAUUGACAAAAUCAUAAUCAUAACAUAAAUACCUGAGAUGAUUCAAACUAAAGAAAAUUCUGCAAAGAAGAUCUCCAUAAUAUAAAAUAUAAUUAACUUUUCAUCUUUACUUGUAGUUAAACAAGAAAAUUGA